AUGAUUUUUGGCUUCAUAAACAAACUAUCCAUAACGAACUUAAAUCCUUUCUCAAAGGCAAGCCGUUCCGCAAGACUUCUUUUAGCUUUAGCAAACAAAGACAGUGCGAGGUCGAAUUACGGCAUGUUUUUAACAAGCAGUGUCGCGCCUAAAGGUUCUACUGUCAAUCCAACUAUAGAAGUUCUAUAUAAGGAUGGUAAAAAAAUGUCUAUUGACUCCUCAAAGAUCAAUGUCGACAGACUCAGCGACAUGAUCGAUAGUUAUAGUAGAACGCUGAAGUUUAAAGACAUGAUUCAAAAGUAA